AUGAGCUUGUAUUUUCCUGAGUGCAGUGCGGGUAUAAACAAACAAGACAAAGUGUGCAUUGCACAAAUGAAUAUGAUCAGGACUACAGACUUUAUUCCCAAGAAGAAAAAGAAGAAAGGAAUGCAACCUCCAGGGAUUCAGAGCAACUACGAAACACAGUUCAAUGACAUAGUCAUCUUUAUUAUGGAGAGGAAAAUGGGAGUGACUAGGAGAACAUUCUUGACAGAUCUUGCAAGAAGGAAAGGCUUUCGGAUAGCAAAUGAACUAAGUGACUCAGUCACUCACAUUGUGGCUGAAAAUAAUUCUUGCAUCGAAAUCUUGAAAUGGCUGCAAAUACACAAAGUGGAAGACAUCUCAAGAUACAGGCUCCUCGAUGUCGCUUGGUUGACAGCCUGCAUGGAGGCAGGAAGGCCAAUAGAUUCGGCAAAAUAUCAGCUUCUUGUAACAGAACAGUCAGGCCUGCCAAUACUUUGGGUGCACCAUGAGCAUUCUGUGGCUCCAUUCAUGCAUACAAAGGACACUUCACCUCUCAGUACAGAUAUCGUUUCCCAAUAUGCAUGCCAAAGGAGGACAACUUUAAAUAAUUACAACAAAAAAUACACGGAUGCUUUUGAAAUACUGGCUGAAAACUAUGAAAUGAGAGAAAAUGCGGGGGCUUGUCUUGCAUUUAGGAGAGCGGCUUCUGUGUUGAAGUUUCUUCCAUUUGCUAUAGUUAGAUCAAAUGAUAUUGAAGGAUUGCCUUGGAUGGGAGAACAAGUCAAAGGCAUAAUUGAGGAUAUACUAGAAGAAGGGCAGAGUCCUAAAGUGGAAGCAGUCCUAAACAAUGAAAAAUACAGAUCAUUCAAGCUCUUUACCUCUGUGUUUGGAGUGGCACUAAAAACAUCAGAAAAGUGGUUCAUGAUGGGAUUGCGGAAUCUGGAAGAUGUAAAGCUCAACCAGAACUUGCAACUGACAAGAAUGCAAAAAGCAGGGUUACAACAUUAUGAAGAUCUUAUUAGCUAUGUAUCAAAGGCAGAAGCAGAUUCGACAAGCCUAAUGGUUAAGGACACUGUAUGGAAAUUUUCCCCCAGUGCUUUAGUUACUUUAACUGGUGGUUUCCGAAGGGGCAAGAAGAUGGGCCAUGAUGUUGAUUUUCUGAUUACUGUGCCAGGAUCAAGACCAAAUGAAGAACUGUUGCACCUAGUGAUUGACUGCUGGAAAAAGCAGGGAUUGCUCUUAUACUAUGAUCUUAUUGAAUCAACAUUUGAGAAGUCAAAGCUGCCAAGCCAAAGAGUCGAUGCUUUAGAUCAUUUUCAAAAAUGCUUUGCCAUUUUAAAACUACAUAAGGAAAGAGUGAACCAGGGGACUUCCCUUCCACCAGUGGCUUCUACUGUGGAAGAAAUCAAAGACUGGAAAGCAAUUCGGGUGGAUCUGGUUGUAAGCCCUUUUGAACAACAUGCAUUUGCUCUCUUGGGAUGGACAGGAUCCAGGCAAUUUGAACGUGAUCUGCGGAGAUAUGCCACCCAUGAAAAGAAAAUGAUGCUGGAUAACCACGCUUUGUAUGAUAAAACGAAGAAAAUCUUUCUCAGUGCUUCAAGUGAAGAAGAAAUUUUUGCACACCUUGGCUUGGAUUACCUUGAACCUUGGGAAAGAAAUGCAUAAAGACACAUGCUAAUAUGAUUUUAGACAUUUGCAUUUUUUUUUUAAAAAAAUCUCAUUUACUAUAGACUCACAUUUACCUGAACUGCUGAUUUCUAUUUUUUAGACUAGCAGAGGUUAAAUAUACAUAGUCACAGUAGGUAAGGGUUUUCUCUAAAUAGUUCAGGAAAGAGGACUAAUGUGAUGCAUCCAAACAGUUAUAUUUGGUAAUCAAGACUAUACAAACUUUUCUGUUGACCUAGUUUUAUCCUACCAAUGCAACAGUACAAUUAGUUUUUAAGUAAAGAUAUAAAAGUAAUGGUGACACCAUUUAAUCAGGCAGAUGGCACAUAGAUAAGUGAUAUACAGUGGAUCUGAUUUUGACACUGUUUAAGAUUCCCUCAGUUUUAAAAAAGAUAACAACAACUGAUAGUUUCUCAUCCUGUAAAGAAAAAGACUGACCUUCCCAGUCUACAUGUGGCUAACCCAUAUUCUCAGGUUAUUAUUGAAUUAUUCAUUUUGGAGACAAUACUUAUUUCAGGUGACUCAGGACACCUUUAGGACACCUGUGGACAACUGAAAAUGCACACAGCUAGUUUACCCUAGUAAACUAGUGGUUUAACCCAGGGAAAGAUGCUUAAUGAAAUUGCACCCUGUGAAAAAAAAAACCCAGCAGGAUUCAGGUUUUCCCCUGUGAUUGGCCAGUGUAGACAGUGCGGAAUCAGGACUGGGCUCAACAGCCAUCCCAUAGUCAGGCAGCCCAGAGGAUGUCUCCUACCCUGAUUUUGUCCUCAAAAGGGUGAAAAAUGGACUUACCUGAUUUACUGCAUCUCUACUUCCGGGUUACUUGCCAUUUGAUGGCAAAAGAGCUUUGGAGGUGCAGAGGGCUAGCUCCAGUGAUGCUAAACUAGCUUUGGCAUGACUAAGCUCUUGGGCUGCCUCAAGGUACCCCUGUACCCUGUAGGGUCACAAUGCAGACCAAAACCAGCAUUUUUCAUGCCACUUCUAACCCACAUUAUGUGUCUGUGUAGAACUGCCCUCAGGGUACUUCUUGACAGGAUAAAAAUGGUGGUCUGACAUACUGCAGUUUAGCAUCACUGAAAGCUACACUACCUGACCCUGAGCCAGCUUGGGAGUUGGAUGGAGACUAUACUUCAUGGCCCUGAAUGAUCAUGACAGCUGCACAGAUGAACAACACUGGAUCCAGUCUGGCACUACUCGCCCACAACUCGUCCCUUGCUCCCCUUGAUGUUCUGUUUAUGGUGCCUGCAUGGCAUAAAAAUUGUGCUCUUCAUUGCUUGGUGCCAGGAGUAAUGAUAUGUAAAACAACAAAGGCAGGAGGAAAGGAAGAGGAAGAAUCUCUCCUUCUCCCCACUCCCUUCUCCAGUGUUCUCUACUCUGGAUAUUGCUACUCCUUUUAGGUCUGGUGUGCACCAUAAAGAGAACAUCAACAAAGGCAGGAGGAAGGGAAGAGGAAGAAUCUUUCCUUCUCCCCACUCCCUUCUCCAAUCCUCUCUAUUCUGGAUAUUCCUACUCCUUUUAGGUCCGGUGUGCACCAUAAAGAGAACAUCAAGGAGAAGAAGAUAGGUGUAAUCCCCUGUCUCCAGUCUGCCUGAGUCUGGGGGAAGAGGGAUGGCUAAUGGUGCUGCUUUCCAAAUAGGACAUAACACAGUUGAUUGCACAUGCCCAAGUUGCCACUUAUUCCAGAGUUUGGGGAUAAGCUUCAGAAUAUCCAGCAAUUUCUGUUAAUGCUGUUCAAACUGUUACACUGAAUCAGUUCCAUGUGUCGCGUAAUGGCUAUGAAGCUGAUUCAUCCUCUAUUUGACUUAAAGUGUCAGUGAAGAUGUACCUCAAGUCAGGCCACCAAAAAAAAUCAAUAAAAAUUCCUGAAAAUACUAAGACUUUCCAGAUGGACUUUAGGAUAUUUUAUGAUUAUCUUUAAGAUAGAAGAAAUUUGAUCAUUGAAAGCAGUUUUAAUUUGUACUAAGAAUGUUUUUACGAUUUCCAUUUAUAAGAAGGCCCAUAUCUGUAUAUAAAACAGGCUCUGACAUGAUGUACUGCUGUCCCUUGAUUUCCAUCCUUGCCUUGCUUCACUAUUUCAAUUGCCACUGCUAUCUGUUUUCUUUCAAAGAAUUUUAAAAGUGGAAAGGGACCACAAGGGCCAUAUCACAGCCAUGCAGGAGUACACAACUAAAGCACACUUGAAAGUUGUUCAUCCAAUCUCUGUUUAAAAACCUCUAAGGACGGAAACCACACCACCCCUUUAGCUAAUCUAUCCCACACUCAAACAACUCUUGCAGGUUUUUAGGGCUGUUUCUGGGUUUCUUUGGGGAGCUGAUUCAGAAAAUUGCAUUGGGUAGACUGCAUCAGCUCUAGUUUCUUAGAUAUGGUAAUCAUGAUUUGUUAUGGGCAAGCAGAUGAAGGCUGGUAUAUGACAUAUGUUCUAUUUCAAAAACUAGAGUUGAUAGGGGAGACUGGUCCCAUUUUUGGAAUCAAGACUGGGUCAAAUAUAUCCAGAAAAAGGUCUAACGUUUGAAGUACCAAAAUGUGUGUUGGCCAAUGUAAUUAUUUAACAGGGUAUAGUUUGUCUCCAAAUCCAAAAGUUAUUCAAUUGUGCUUACUGACUACAACUGUACAUCAUAUUGGCUUAUAGGCGAUUCAUUUUUAAAAUUCAUGACAGAUAAAUUAUGCAUUUCUCAAUUUGAGCAGACCCUACCCACUCCCAGCAAUAAAUUGGCUAAGGGUGUUAUGGGAAGUGACUUAAAUACUUAAAUCAACCUAUUAUAAUGUAAUUAUCAAUAAAAUAACUGAUUUAUUGAA